AUUAAAUAAAAUUUAUAUAAAACGAAGGAAAUGAAGUUGAAUUUCUACCUAAUAUCCGUACUGGUUGCCGCCAUGGCCACUAGCGUCAAUGCCGCUUGUAACAUCAAUGUAGUAGGUUACGACUGCAAGAAUGAUUUGCAAAUUGGGGAUUACAUUGGAAUUAUUGUUGGAUACCUCCUCAUGACCAUUAUGUUACUGUAUGUAAUCAUCAGGCUCUUCGUCGAAGAAAAAAUCAGGUAUACUGAUUAUAAAGUUCAAAUGGAAGAAGCAGAGAAGGAGGCAGAGGAAUAUGGUAUUAAUUAUGAUGAGCUUGUAAGGAUGGAUAAGGAGAAAGCCGAAAAUGACGAAAAUAAGAAAUUCUAGACAUACCAGAAU